GGGGGCGGGGCGCGGCGCGGGGUGUCUCCGGCGGCGGGGCGGCCCCGGCGCUCAGAGCCGGGUGGUGCGGCUGCACGGCGCCGGGCCCCGCGGUCGGGUGCAGCGCGGAACCGGCCCGGCCCCAUGCCGAGCGCCGCCGUCGUUGAGCCCCGCCAUGGGCGGCUGCGUGGGGCGGCAGCGCCGGGAGCGGCCCGCCGCCGGGAACCCGCGCAAGCGAGCAGGCCGCAAUGAGCCCCUGAAGAAGGAGCGUCCCAAGUGGAAGAGCGACUAUCCCAUGACAGAUGGGCAGCUGCGCAGCAAGAGGGACGAGUUUUGGGACACAGCACCUGCCUUCGAGGGCCGCAAGGAGAUCUGGGAUGCUCUGAAGGCAGCUGCCUAUGCCGUGGAGGCCAAUGACCACAGCCUGGCCCAGGCCAUCCUCGACGGAGCCAGCAUCACUCUGCCCCAUGGGUCCCUGACGGAGUGCUAUGAUGAGCUGGGCAACCGGUACCAGCUGCCUGUCUACUGUCUGGCACCUCCUGUCAACCUGAUCCUGGAGCGAAGCGAGGAGGAGGCAUCGGAGCUGGCCGAGCCCCUGCCCAACACCCGGCGGGAGUUCGCCCUCAAGGUGCGGCUCUCCACCGGUAAGGACCUGCGGCUCAGCGCCAGCAUGGGCGACACCAUCGGGCAGCUGAAGAAGCAGCUGCAGGCGCAGGAGGGCAUCGACCUGGCAUGGCAACGCUGGUUCUUCUCGGGCAAGCUGCUCACUGACCGCACACGGCUGCAGGAGACCAAGAUCCAGAAGGAUUUUGUUGUGCAAGUGAUCGUCAACCAGCCGCUGCCACCCAGGAACUGAGCCCCCCUACUGGUUGUGGGGAGAGGGCAGGGGGUGGGGGACAGUGGCACCUCUGGGGCUGCACCGAGCCAUGUCUCAACUGUGCUGGAGCAGGGGCAGCCUCUGUUUCCCCCCAAGGCUGCCCCCCACCUGGGUGACCCCCUGGGAAGGGCUGUGUGGGGCUGUGCCACCACAGCGGCCCCUCUCAGCUGGGGUCAUGGGCACACGCCGUGUUUGCUGCAGGAGGUUCGAGACCAAAUGUCUCCAGGGGGGUUGGCACAGCCAGGGCCCUGCUGCCAGGCUGUGCUGGCAGGGAGAGGCCAUGACCUGCUGGGCUCCAGCUCCCCCUGGCCAGGAGGCCCCAGGGUGCUGGGCUGGGUGGAGAUGUCUCCCCUCUGUACAUAGUCUGUAUUUAUCAAUAAAGCCUUUUCAUCCUC